AUGAUAAUACCAGGUCACUCCUUGCUCCCACGCAUCAUUCGCAAUGUGAAAGCUCCGAAGCUGCAAGCUCAACCCUGUGGAGUCGACCUCACCCUGAAGCGGGUCCUGAGGUGGACCUCGCCCGGCGUCAUCGAUCUGGACAACAAAUUCCGACAGACCGCCUCAACCGAGGAAAUCCACUUUCCCUCCGAGUUUCUGGACCUCGGUCACGGCUCGUACCUCGUGGAGUUCAAUGAGACUGUCUCGGUUCCCCUGGACGCUAUGGGCCAGGUGUUCGUGCGCAGUUCAUUGUUCAGAUCCGGUGUCCUGAUACACGCCGGCGUGAUGGACAGUGGGUAUGAAGGGGUCGUCGGAGCUCUGCUUCAGGUGGUUAAUCCUGCAGGAUUGAGGGUAUAUCCCUCGGCCCGGUUGGCACAAUUGGUAUUCCACCAAAUGAGUGAGAAGGUCGAGGGCUACAAUGGUACAUAUCAGGGAACAACACAAAUGGGAGGAGAGACAGAAAAGUGA